CAGCCAGAUCCUAAAGGCUAGAGCCGGAGCUGCCGCGCCAGUCGCCUAGCAGGUCCUCUACCGGCUUAUUCCUGUGCCGGAGCUUCAUCAGCACAGCGGCCAGCGAGACGUGCCUGCCUCCCCCUUUCUUCCUCCGCUCUUUCUCUUCCCUCUCUUUUAGUUUGCCUGGGAGCUUGAAAGGAGAAAGCACGGGGUCGCCCCAAACCCCUUCUGCUUCUGCCCAUCACAAGUGCCACUACCGCCAUGGGCCUCACUAUCUCCUCCCUCUUCUCCCGACUAUUUGGCAAGAAGCAGAUGCGCAUUUUGAUGGUUGGAUUGGAUGCUGCUGGCAAGACAACCAUUCUGUAUAAACUGAAGUUAGGGGAGAUAGUCACCACCAUUCCUACUAUUGGUUUUAACGUGGAAACAGUAGAAUAUAAGAACAUUUGUUUCACAGUAUGGGAUGUUGGUGGUCAAGAUAGAAUUAGGCCUCUCUGGAAGCAUUACUUCCAGAAUACCCAGGGUCUUAUUUUUGUGGUAGACAGCAAUGAUCGUGAAAGAAUUCAGGAAGUAGCAGAUGAGCUGCAGAAAAUGCUUCUGGUAGAUGAGUUGAGAGAUGCAGUGCUACUGCUUUUUGCAAACAAACAAGAUUUGCCAAAUGCUAUGGCCAUCAGUGAAAUGACAGAUAAACUAGGGCUUCAGUCUCUUCGUAACAGAACAGUAAUGGUAUGUUCAAGCCACUUGUGCAACACAAGGAACUGGUCUGUAUGAAGGACUUGACUGGCUGUCAAAUGAGCUUUCAAAACGUUAAAUGAAACUGGAUAUCUAACCAAGGACAUGUUUGAUAAAAUUGGCCUAGGCUUGUUACAACAAAAUUAGUUUGUAUCUUGGUUAUUAAACAGUAUCUGGGACUCGUUUGGGCAGAAUAUUAUUUUGUUGCCAAUUAUUGUUUACCAAGUAUAAUGUUGCUAUUUAGCAAUUGUGCUUGGUUUUAAAGAAAUUCUCCUUGGGAAAAAAAGUAUCCUUUUUUAAUUUUACUUCCCAUAAGUGUAAAUGCCUGGACAUAGCUAUUGUGAAACCUUUAAAUAAAUUGGUUUGAGUGCUUUUUAAGCCCCAGAUAAAUAAUGUUUUAAAGUUAUCUCCUUGCUACUUUACUGAUACCUUUAUCAUUCCUGAGACAGUCUGCUAAUUUAAAAAUGUAGCAUUCCAUUUGUAUUUAUUUCUCUCUCUUGCCAAAAAGAUUUUCUAAUACUGCUUGUACCAGCCACAGAAAGAUCCAAAACACUACUCAGCUCUCUUGCACUGAGGAAAUUUUUUCCCCCUACAUUGAGACUCCUGGCCUACAUCAGCUAAACUUAUACCUUGGUGGGGUUUGGAUUUGAUAGCUAAUUAGUUCUGUGCUGGCUGCAAAGAAUUGAGAUUUAGAUGGUUUUUAAUACUCAGCAGAUUGUCUUCCUUUAUAUUGUGUCUUUUUUAUGUUGCAUGUUGCUUUUGUUAUCAGCCUGAUUUUUUGCUCAGUAUAUGAGAGUUCUGCUGAUGUUUUGUUUAUUGAGCAGACAUAUCUUCAUUAAGAGUUUUUGGAAAACUCAUCAAAUUUGAAGAAUACAUUUUCUGCAUAACCCAUUUGGAAUUAUUCCUAAUAAAAUGAUAAAAUACGUAA